AUGGGGGGUGCCUUCGCGUAUCCAAGGAGUGGUACGUGUUUGUCCUUUAUGGAGUGAGUACUGCUAAUGGAUACGAAGUGAAGAGUGGGUUUCCAACGGAACGGUCUGUUGCUGCGAAUGGGAGUGUACACUAUGGUAUGUACUGUACUCCAAAUUUUAUUGACAAUUCCUUCCAUUAUGUGUUAUCUCCAGAUACUGUUAAUUAUUGAAGGAUUCCUGAAUCAACUCUCGUUUGACAAACUUGCCAAAGAAUGAGCUCACCGGAUUCCAAGCGAGUAAAGAGCCAUAGCUAACUUCUACUCUCCAGCUGGUGUAAACAUAGCAGGUUCAACUUCGACUGCCUAACGGAUGGCUCCCAAGACACAACAAAAGCUUCACCACCCCUCUCCUUCCUCGGUGGUCCCGAUGGCUCAGGCCAAAUGUCCCACUUCGUCAAAGACGACAAGAUGAACAUCUUUCGUCUCCCAGUCGGCUGGAAAUAUCUCACAGCCUCCAACGUGGGCGGCACCCUCAAUCCUGCAAACCUCCAGAAAUACGAUCAGUUGGUUCAAGCAUGUCUCAAGAGCUCCGCGAACACAGUUUGUGUCAUCGAUAUCCACAAUUAUGCUCGGUGGAAUAAGCAGAUUAUUGGACAGGGCGGGCCGAGUAAUGCGCAGUUUGUGAAUCUGUGGACGCAGUUGGCGACUAAGUAUAAGGGGAGUGAGAAGGUGGCUUUUGGGCUGAUGAAUGAGCCACAUGAGGUGGAUAUCUUGAAGUGGGCCGAUACUGUACAGCAGGUUGUUACUGCUAUUCGAGGGGUUGGGGCUACUACAUAGAUGAGUGAGUAUCAUUUUCAACGAAACAACUCCGACAUCAUAGAAAUUGAAUUGACAGUCUUCCUACCUGGCAACGACUACACCUCGGCGGGUAGAUUCAUAUCCAAUGGCUCAGGCGCGGCAUUGUCAGCCGUCAAGAACCCAGAUGGGACAUUCAAAAACCUGAUCUUUGAUGUUCACAAGUACCUCGAUAGUGACAAUAGCGGAACCCACACCGAAUGCGUGACAGACAACAUCAACGAGGCAUUUCAACCACUCGCCACAUGGCUACGAAGCAAUAGCCGUCAAGCAAUUCUCUCAGAAACUGGAGGGGGUAAUACGGCAAGUUGUACUAAGUAAGUGUGUCAACAAAUUGCAUUCUUGAAGUAGGUUAUACUCAGAGCUUUUAGUCGUCCGGCGUGUUUCUUGCUAAUUUGUGGGCUAGUGCAAACUCGGACGUGUAUUUGGGUUAUAUUGAAUGGGCUGCGGGGUCAUUUUCAGGCACGUAUGAGUUGAAUGAGGUCCCUACUGGCAAUGGGAACAAUUGGCAAGAUACCUCGCUUGUGAAGGCUUGUUUGGAGAGAUAG